ACCAAAUGUGCGUUGAGCUGCGUAUUAUCAACUACAGUAACGGCGCAUAAUAAAAUAUAAUUAUAAUAUCAACUUAGUUAUUACAUUUUGUUUUUUAUGUUGUCGUUGUGGCAUGCUUUAAAUUUAAAUAAAGUAUAUGUUUUUAAGAUAAGUUUGUAGUAAAUACCAAAAUUUCUAAGAAGUUAUGAAGGUUGAUGAUUCCAAUUCUCCUGCCAUACAGCCUAUUGAUCAGAGUUCUAUUCAUCACAUUUGUUCCGGCCAAGUAGUUCUUGACCUAGCUACUGCAGUCAAAGAACUAGUUGAAAAUAGUCUUGACGCUAAUGGAAAGAUUAUAGAAAUUAGACUUAAAGAAUAUGGAAAAGAAUACAUAGAGGUUUCUGAUAACGGUGAUGGUAUAGAAGAAAACGACUUUGAAUCUUUAUGUUUAAAACAUUAUACAUCUAAGCUUAAAGAAUUUUCAGAUUUAACAUUUGUUAGUACGUUUGGAUUUCGGGGAGAAGCUCUAAGUUCUUUAUCUGCAUUAGCUGAUGUGGUUGUAUCGACUCAUUCAAAAACUUCAAAUGUUGGAUAUAAACUUGAAUUUGAUCACAGUGGCAAGCUUGUUAAAAAUACAUCUAUAGCUCGUGCCACUGGAACAACUGUCACUGUUACUAAUCUUUUUUACACUCUACCUGUGAGAUAUAAAGAGUUUCAUUUCAAUAUAAAAAAAGAAUUUUCCAAAUUAAUUCAAGUUUUAUAUGCUUACAGCUUAAUAAAUAAUGGAGUUCGUUUUUCGUGUAUAAAUCAAGUGGGUAAUAAAAAAAAAGUGCUUCUUUCAACUGAUGGAAAUAAAAAUGUACCAAGUAUUAUUAGUGGUAUUUUUGGAGAAACACAGACUAAGCAACUACUUAAAAUUGAGCAAAUUAGCAAGUUUGAUAACUCAGUUUUAGAAGAAUACAAUCUCCCUACAUCUUUUGUGAUCCAAUUUGAUGGUCAUUUUACACUUAAUGGUUUUAUAUCAGCAACAGAUCAUGGAUCAGGCAGGAACUUGCCUGAUAGGCAGUUUAUUUUUAUAAAUAAUCGACCUUGUGACUUUACAAAAUUACUUCGUGUUAUAAAUGAAGUUUAUCAUACAUAUAAUAGACAUCAGUAUCCUUUUAUAUAUCUAAAUGUUUUAGCAAGAAAAGAUUGUGUAGAUGUCAAUAUUACUCCAAAUAAAAGACAGAUAAUGGUACAAGAAGAAAAGGUCUUGCUUGCAUUUGUAAAAUCAACUUUAAAAUGUAUGUUCGAAAAUUCAGUAAACCAUUAUAAAGAUAAUGCUACCUUUAAAUCAAGGAGUGAAAUGUCUGUUUUUAAAUUAAGAGAUCUUCAAAAUGAGUUUCAUAAUGUGAAAAAUGAUAAACAGUCAGUUUUUAGUCCGCUUGAACAAUUUCGAUGUAAAUAUGAUAGCAGUUCAACAUUAGAAGUUGAACAGACUUGUCGUACAGUUCAGACUCGUCAUACUACUAUUACUAAUUUAUUUAAGAAAGUAUCAAGCAUCAAAAGAUGUCAAUCUAAUGAUCAAAUUUUUGACAGUGAAAGUAAGAAAUGUAAACUGAGUGAAAAUCCGGUUCUUGAUGUUUCACAUUUGGAAUCUGUUGAAGAGAUAAACAGUCAAAAUUUGAAAAAUGUUGACGAAAAAUAUUUAGUAAAAAAUACAGCUUUGUUAUCACCAUGUUUAAGUGAUAAUAUCAAGCAUAAAUGUCUCUCCGAUGAAAAGUUUAUCCUGCAACCAAUCAUUUAUGAAAAUGAAAUAAUCAGCAAUGAAGUUAUAAAAAAUGAAAAAUGUCAUGAUUUAAUAUUAGUUACAGAUACCUUAAACACCUUAGCUAAUAAAAGUGUUAAUGCAGAUGAUAUUUUAGACAUUUCUGUGGUUGAAAAUAAUUAUAAAAAAAAAGUUGAUCAAGACAAAAUAGUUGCAACAUUUGAUUUUUCAAUGUUAAAAGAAUAUUAUCAAAGGCAUACAGUUUGUGAACAAAAUACUUCAACUUUAUUUCAUGCAAAAAUUAAUCCUUCACAUAAUUCAGCUGCUGAAGAAGAACUUACAAAACAUGUUUCAAAAGAUAUGUUUGCAAAAAUGGAAAUAGUUGGACAAUUUAAUUUAGGAUUCAUUAUCACAAAGUAUGAAGAAAAUUUAUUUAUUAUCGACCAACAUGCUACAGAUGAAAAAUAUAAUUUUGAAACCUUGCAAAAAAAACACGUUUUGAAAGGACAGCGCUUGAUUGAACCAAUUUCAAUGGAGUUGACAUUAGUAAAUGAAUCUAUACUUAUUGAUAACAUAAAUAUUUUUAAAAAGAAUGGGUUUGAGUUUAAAAUUGAUUAUGAACAGACCGGAAAUAGCAAAAUUAAAUUGCUUACUGUUCCAACAAGUCUGAAUAGCAGUUUUAGUGUAUCUGAUGUUGAGGAGUUGAUAUUUAUGUUAAAUGAUUCACCAGGUGUAAUGUGUCGUCCGUCUAGAGUCAGACAGAUGUUUGCUAGUAAAGCAUGCAGAUCCUCAGUUAUGGUAGGAACUGCCUUAGAUCAUUUUAUGAUGAAACGACUUGUUCAACACAUGGGAGAAAUAGAGCAUCCUUGGAAUUGUCCACAUGGAAGACCCACAAUGAGGCAUCUUAUUUGCUUGCAGAGAAUUAAUUACGAUUGAGCUUUACAAUUUUAAUUUUUAUGAUAUAUUUUUUUAAUAGAGAGAAGGUAGGGGAAGGGGUUUAAAGAUUUUUUUAAAAAAAGAAUAAAACCUAAAAUAGUGAUAAUGAUCAGCAGUUAAUGGUAAACCUGAGCUGAGUUGUGCAACAUGCACCCCUAGCUUGCAGAAGGUUUAAGUUUAUUAGUUUUUUACACCAGACUUUGUAAAGGUCAUUUAGAAAAAAUAUAUUUUAGAUUAUAUAAAAA